GUUGGGGGGAUGCUGGGCCCAGAGCAGCGCCGGGUGACCGACCGGGUGACCGGCAGGAGUAGGGCCUGCGGCGCGGAGGACGCGGGCGCCGUCAUCGUCUCUGCCGGACACCCUCCGGGACACGGGAGCGGAGCGCUAUGGCCUCGGCGCUCAGCUAUGUCUCCAAGUUCAAGUCCUUCGUGAUCUUGUUCAUCACCCCGCUACUGCUGCUGCCACUCGUCAUUCUGAUGCCCGCCAAGUUUGUCAGGUGCGCCUACGUCAUCAUCCUCAUGGCCAUUUACUGGUGCACAGAAGUCAUCCCUCUGGCAGUCACCUCCCUCCUGCCCGCCGUGCUCUUCCCGCUCCUGAAGAUCCUGGACUCCAAGCAGGUGAGCAUCCCCCGCCCCAGCCCCUCUCAGAGCCACCUAGGCCCCAGGGGGGAGACACAGACCACCUGCCUGACCGUCCGUCUCUGCGCUGAGGGGCCCCCAUGGGCGACAUGUGGUCUUCUCACCUAUCCUGUGGUGGGGUGGCCGAGGUGGGCCUCACAGGCCCCAUGCUGUCCCCAGGUAUGUGUCCAGUACAUGAAGGACACCAACAUGCUGUUCCUGGGUGGCCUCAUCAUGGCCGCGGCCGUGGAGCAUUGGAAUCUGCACAAGAGGAUAGCGCUGCGCACGCUCCUCUGGGUGGGAGCCAAGCCUGCACAGCUGAUGCUGGGCUUCAUGGGCGUCACGGCCUUUCUCUCCAUGUGGAUCAGCAACACGGCCACCACGGCCAUGAUGGUGCCCAUCGUGGAGGCCAUGCUGCAGCAGAUGCAGGCCACCAGCCCAGCCACAGAGGCCGGCCUGGGGGCCCUGGAGCUGUCGGACAAGAACAAGGCUGGAGAGCUGCCAGGGAGCCAAGUGACCUUUGAAGGCCCCUCUGAGGUGCAGCAGGCCGACUGCGACAGGAGGCGCAUAUGCAAGGCCAUGACUCUGUGCGUGUGCUACGCGGCCAGCAUCGGGGGCACUGCCACGCUGACUGGGACGGGACCCAACAUGGUGCUUCUGGGCCAGAUGCACGAGCUAUUUCCUGCCAGCAAGGACGUGGUGAACUUUGCCUCAUGGUUCAGCUUUGCCUUCCCCAACAUGGUGGCAAUGCUGCUGCUGGCGUGGCUAUGGCUUCAGUGUGUCUACAUGAGGUCCAGUUUUAGGAAGUUCUGGGGCUGCGGGCUGCAGAGCAGGAACCACGAGAAGGUAGCCUAUGAGGUGCUGCGGGAGGAGUACCGGAAGCUGGGGUCCUUCUCCUUCGCCGAGGCCAACGUCCUGCUCUGCUUCCUCCUGAUGGUCGGCCUGUGGUUCUCCCGGGACCCUGGCUUCAUGCCCGGCUGGGUGUCCCUGGCCUGGGAGGACGGCAAGACCAAGUACGCAACUGACGCCACCGUGGCUGCCUUUGUGGCCACCCUACUGUUCAUCAUGCCUUCCCAGAGGCCCCAGUUCAACUUCCGCAGCCAGACGGAGGAGGAACGUAAAGCUCCGUUUUAUCCUCCUGCACUGCUGACCUGGAAGGUGACCCAGGAGAAGGUGCCCUGGGGCAUUGUGCUGCUGCUGGGAGGCGGCUUCGCACUGGCCAAAGGAUGUGAGGCCUCGGGGCUAUCAGAAUGGAUGGGGAAGCAGAUGGAGCCCUUGCACUCUGUGCCCCCCGCAGCCAUCACCCUGAUCCUGUCCCUGCUCGUCGCUGCGUUCACCGAGUGCACAAGCAACGUGGCCACCACCACCUUGUUCCUGCCCAUCUUUGCCUCCAUGUCACGGUCCAUCGGCCUCAACCCGCUGUACGUUAUGCUGCCCUGCACUCUGAGCGCAUCCUUUGCCUUCAUGCUGCCCGUGGCCACCCCACCCAACGCCAUUGUCUUCACCUACGGACACCUCAAGGUUUCUGACAUGAUGAAGACAGGACUCAUCAUGAACGUAAUCGGAGUCUUCUGUGCCUUUCUGGCCAUCAACACCUGGGGACGGGUCAUAUUUGACCUGGACCGUUUCCCUGCCUGGGCCAACGUGACGAAUAUCGAGACCUAGGGAAGAGCCCUGUGACCGCCGAGUAUAGCGCCCCCGCCCUCCAAGGAGCCCCACACCUUCCCGCACACCUUGCAGCAGAGUCUUGGGGUCCACUCCCCAGAGUGGCCCAGUGAUGCCCACACCCCCACGGAGACUGAACCCAAUGGGCCGCCUCCUCCUGCAGGCCCAUGCCCAGCAUGGGGAGUGGGGGAUGGGCGGCGGCUGGGCAGAAGAGCAGGGAGCCCCUUGGGAUGCUGGGGGGAUGUCUGCUUUUCCCCAGGGUUGGGAGGGGGGCUCCUGCCAGCCCCAAGCUGGGCUCUGCUGUCCACCCACCGAGGCCCACAGUCGUCGGUGGAGUGGGGGUUGGAUCCCAGCUCAGGAAGCAAGAGAACAGCGGCCACCGAGAGCCUGUGCCUCCCCCAGCUCUCUGUGGCCCCAUCCCAUCUCUCUCAUUACUUGACAGGGGACACCCCCCCCAAGGGGCAGGCUGUCUGGUCCCAGGCAGCUUCCCACUGCUGGGGUCCGAGCCUCCUGGAGCCGCAGGGAGCACAGUGCUACCCUCGAAGGCUGACACUGGGGCUGCUGACUUCUGGAUGCUGCGGCCCACAGCUCCACGCCGGCUGACAUGCUCUGUUGUGAGGGACGACAUGUACCCCUCCACUGUCGGGGCCAUCGGGUGGCCAUCGGGGCUGUCGGCUCCUGCCUGGGGCCCUCCAGCGCCCUUACUUCCCCCAAGUGGCUGGGCUGGGGUCACAUUCCUUGUGUGGGCAGUGAUGGCUGCUCUGGGGCCCCCCAGCGGCAGGUGCAGAGUGGACACAGCUGUGCAUGGCAGAGCCAGAGCGGGGCCGCCAGAGCUGGUCGUGCUGGGGCUCGGGCUCCCCUCAUUGCCAGGCUUUGGCAGCCAUGCCUGGCGGUAACAUGGCUUCGCCGAGAACGAGCCGCGCUCGGCGGCCCCCGGGCAGUGUGGCUGCGGGGACGCCCGCCCCUGCCUACCAAUGCCUUACCUGUCCUCCUGGGGCUGCUCUGAAGGCCACGCAGGAGCAGGAACACAUCAGGUUCAUUGGUGGCACUUGUCAGGGCCGGAGGACAUCGGGGCUCAAGGAAAGGCCCCCCGAGGACUAGGGUGGGAUGGUUCCCCUGGCCCAUGGGACACACUGGGCCUGGCUCUCUGCCGUGCAGCAGGCAGUGGCAGGUGCCUGAGCGAACACGUGCUCAGGGCCCACCUCCUAUCCAUGCUGCUCCCCCUGGUCCUCACAGCAGCCCCAUGAUGUGGGCUCAUGCUCUGAGGACACAGAGGCCCCAACAGGCUGAGCUGUUACAGGAUCGUUGUUGCCCUCACACCCAUGGGUUUUGGUCGCGGCCAUCUGGGAGUGAAAACGUGGGGAGGGGAGGGGAGUGGGCAGCAGGGCAGGCAUCCUGGGUGAUGACACGAGGCCCCUGGGGAUGGAGGGAACCUGAGCACGUGGCCCCCUCGGCAUUCAGGGUUUUAGAAGCUCCUUUGAGGAGCUGUCUGGGGCCGUCCAAGAGUGGGCCCCGUGGAUCAGCCACUGAGUGUGCUCGUUGGGCCCCUGAUCACACUCCUAUGUCCCCAGCGGGGGCCUCUCCGUGUGCAGAUGGCCUCUGGGCCAACCUCUGGACACUGACCCCUCCAUUCCUAACACUGACCCUCACAUCACAGCUCGUUGUUUAGCUUCAGGGACGUCUUGGCAAAGUUGCUCCCGCAGAGGCCAUGAGAUGGGAUGCUGCUGUGGUGUCGUCUGCACCGUCCAGUUCCCUGUGUCCUCGGGGGGACCCUGGCCCUGGUGACCCGUGUGUCCUUUUAACACCUAACCAAGUCAUGUGUCCAGACUUGUACAUUAAGUGAGUGGCUGUGACAACUCCAAGUAGACUUUCCACCCUCGCACCCGCUGCUCCUUGUGUACCCACCAAGGGCCUUGUGCACAGGCUGGCGAGGGGCCAUGAUCCCACCUACCCCAAGGCCUGUGUGCUCAGGGAGGAGCCCCUGCAGAUGUGGGCUCGGGGACUGUGGGCAUCUGGCCCUCCCCUCGGAGGAGCCGGCCCGCUCCCGCUGUGGAUGUCUGUCAGUGCCCGAGGACCCGUGCUGCCUACCUCUCUGGGGCGGGGAUGCCAGCUAACCCCGAGUGGCCCACAGCGGGUGUGCAGGGAACAGGACUGAGCCAUCACUGUGGUCGUGAGUGAGGUCAUGAUGGCCACCAUCCAGGGUGCUGGCAGAGGGUGGGGGGGUCCGGAGAGCAGACUGCCAGCCCAAGGACUCGGACCACAGGCUCUUUCCAAACAGCUUCUCCUAAAGCCACUGCUGCUCUGACCGUUAUGGCAGAUGGGGACGGUGUGUGGCUGCAGGUGAUGGCGGUGCGAGCGUCUGGGUGUUCACGGUCAGCGGGACAGGGAGUCUGAGGUCCGCAGGGUCCUGAGGGCACUGAGCUCGAGCUGUGUGCACAUGCAGAUCUACACCAGAGGCAGCCGGAAGGGUUCCCUCCUUUCAGGACAGCAAACGCCUUCUCUGGAGGCCAACUGUCUGCCCUGUGUGUGUAUCUGGCCAGUACUUUGUCCUUAGCCACUGGCUGGCUGGUGGUGCGCAAGAGGUGAUCCCAGCACUAUUGCCACGGGCCCAUCAGGAUGCAUCUCCUGGGCUCGGCGAGUUGGCCUGUCUGUUGAAACCAGGAAACAUUCUACCCCCAAACCUAGAGAAAUGUGGGGGUGCUGCUGGGUGGGCAAUGUGCAAGGCACGGGCUCCUGGCGGGGCCUCAGCUUCUAUCAGGAAGGGUCCCCAGGCUGGCCUGGUGUGGAGUCAGUUCCCUGGCCUCUAUCUGGGCUCAGUUGUUUGCCGGAAGCCCUCCCACACCUUCUCCCCCGUUGAUGUUGUGCCUCUAAUGUCUUGGAAGGAGGUUGUGCCCAAGACCCCGUCCUCUCCUCUGAGCACCUGGCUCAGGUGGCUGAGGUCAGCUAGGGUCGUGAUCCUGUGACCAGGACUACUCUCCAAGCUGCGCUGCCAGUGAUAGAGGAACCCCACCAGGGUCACAAGUGAUGCCAGAAAUCCUCAUCCUCGGCCCUGGAACUGGGUGUCUCGCUGACGUUCUGAGCCCAGACCCUCCUUAGGGGAGGAUCCAGGUUCUUGCUUCCCUGGCCAGCCUGCCCAGAUGGCCACGUCCACCCCGGAGACACAGGCUGCCCCCGGCUGCCUGCCACCCGCCAGCGCUGACGGCCCAGGGCAGACGAACAUCGGGACUCAGCUUCUGAGACAUGGCGAGUUUUUAUAUUUAAAAAGUGAACACUGUUAACCCAGCAUGAGAAAUUCCAUGGGCACAAAGCCACUUCAAGAGGCCCCCAGCGGUUCCAGAAUGGGAUUUGCUGGCAGCAUCUUUCUUGUCCUUCCAGAAACAGCCCGUCUGCACGAGCUUCUCCUGUAGACAUGCAUCCUCUCCAUCACACAGGGGCUGCGUCCUGCACGAAGCACCCAUCCAUGUUUCCGCCCCUCCCCUUAAUUUAUUUGGAGAAUGUUCCAUUUCAGGACAUGUGAAUUUUGACUCUUUUCUCAUCCAAUAGCCUGUUUUAUUUUUAAAUUGAGGUAACGUGAAAAUCCAGCCAACUGCGCGGGUUGUGAGCACACUGUUCCAUGCAUCGCUCACAACUGUGUGCAGCUUGUGAGCGACACCCACCCCCGCCUGUCCCCCGUCCCCAUCUCCUCCUCCCUCCCUGUGCUCCCCCCCCCCCUCUGGCCACCACUGUUCCCCUAAACCUCUGCAUCUGCUGAACAAAAUGCUUGUGAUGUUUGUUCCUUCGCAAUUGUUGCUAAGCGGCUCCUAGGGCACGGCCGCGGUCUGGCCGCUCCCCCUGGGUGGCCUUGAGGGGUGUUCCGGUCUGGGGCUGGCCUGAAUAAAGCUGUGUUCUCUCUGCA